AUGAGGUUGGAGCGGUCCUUGCCUCUCCUGGGACUCCUGCUCUGUGUGGUUGGCACCGCAGCUCAGCAGGAUGAUACUGAUGCACAGGAAGAAUUCCUGGUGGAGAUUUCCGGAACCACGGUGACAAUCACAUGUCCCUUGUCUGAAGACAAGGUAACGUGGCAGCAAAAUGGGAAAAACCUGGAGUUCAAUGAGGCGAAGUACAUUAUAGAGAAUCAUGACAGCUCUCCUGUCAACCUGAGUUGUUCGUCGGGUGGAGAGAAGCAUGAAAUGUACCUGAAUGCCAGAGUGUGCGCAAACUGUGAGGAGCUGGAUGCCUUGGCAGUGACAGGGAUCAUCACUGCGGAUCUUCUCAUCACCUUCGGGGUGCUGAUUCUGGUCUAUUACUUCAGCAAAGACAGGAAGGGGAGACCGAGCACUGGUGCUGGCGGUCGGCCACGAGGUCAGAAGAUGCAGCGUCCUCCCCCUGUUCCAAACCCAGACUAUGAGCCCAUCCGGAAAGGCCAGCGGGAAGUGUAUGCAGGCCUGGAAUCCAGGGGCUUCUGA